AUCUUCAUAUCCCAAGGUCAACCUUCAGAAUUGACAACGGCUGCCACGUUCCCCGCGCAUUAAGGUCCCAAGGCUCCGCAAGAGCGCAUACCGCCAGUCCUCACCACGGGGCACGUCACCCCACCCAGCAUGGACGCUCACCAAACUACGACGUCGGCAAAGCCUUACGACGGCCCCUCGCAGUACGCCAUGUCUGGGGGCAACGGCUUCGCUGGGCCUGAAGAGCCGUCGUCGUCGAGGCCGUGGGAUCGGCCCUCGUCUUACCCCGAUCCCGUAUCUGGCUCCGGCGCAUACCCUCAAGGCUCGAGCGAGCUGCCGCCAACAUCCAGACCAUAUGAUCCGUCUCCUAGGCCGAAUGUAUCAACCACGAAGCCUUAUGACCCGUCAAAGCCAUAUGACACGCCCGCUAAGCCGUAUGACACUUCCAAGCCGUACGAUCCUUCGCCCAAGCCAUAUGGACCUGCCGCCGAACCUUAUGACCCCUCAACCAAGCCUUACGACCCUUCCCUAUAUCCCACCCCCACAGGUCCCGUUGGCCCCAGCGUAGAGCAGAUGCCGGGGCCAGCUGCCAUGUCGUACUCAUCCCAGUACGAUGGAACGGCUGGUGCCCCGUUGCUAGCUCAACAGCAGACGGGCUUGUCUGCGCCCAUGGUCACGUCCCCCCAAGAUAUCCGCUAUGUUCGAGGACAGACCCUCGAAGCACUUGGCGAGCUCUACACCCUGCAAAAGAACAGGCAGCGGCUCGGUGGUACACCCGUGCCCCUUGAGCUCGAACAGCAGUAUCGCAUGCAGUUGAACAAGGCGAGCUUUGACCUGAGAACAUUGCGAGAGGAGGUCAAGAUCCUCAUUAGCGAUGCCGAGAAGCACCGGUGGCGGAAGUGGCUCAUCGGCAGCAUUGUCGCGACCAUUAUUCCUACUGUCAACUUUAUCUUUCGCCGCUCAUCAUCGGAGAAGAAAGAGGACAAGUCGGUGACUGAUACUGAGCACUCCUUCGUUCGAACGCGCGCCUUGUUGGCGAAAAUCAAGGACACUGUCCUCGGUCGCAAUAGUAUUGCGAGUAUCGCCUUUUUUGUCUUUGCCGUGCUAUAUGUCUUUUCGAACGAGGUGACGUUGUUGGUGGCCAAAACGGUCAACAAGAGGCUCAAGAAGCUUUCAUCAAGGAUCGAAAAGGGCGACGGUCUACUAGAAGAAAAGGAUCUGAAACUCCUGGACGGAUGGCGGUGGCGGGUAUUGCUUCUGGGGCAGUGAAUUCUGGGCAAUGACUUAUGAUUUAUCACUGAUGGGGGACGCUGGAUGAUAUGAUGACACGAUUGAGGCAGCGGACUAGAUGGAGACAUUCUGGAUAUCUACCCUGUUUAGCGUCGACGCAUGACGAAUAUACGGCAUUUCAAGAGCA